GUCUUCCAUCCACGGGUCAUCUUUUUCAAUUUUCUUUCCUCUCAUCCACGUCUUCCACGAACAAGCGAAGCGAUGAAGGUGACUGACGGUGCGCACGACUCGGGUGGCUGGAUAAUGCGGCUGGCUGGACUUCGGCGGGACCGUCGCCGGCUUAGGGCUUUAAACCCUAGGCCGAGCUGAGGACGACGACUGAGGGCGCGGACGACGUUGGCCGAGUGUUCAUUCCGUCAUGGCGCAGAGAAGAAGAUUCAGGAUGGGGGGAACAAAUGAGUCUUUCAUAAUCUGGAUAUUGGCUGUUCAAGUGACUUUAUGUUCAUCUUCAGCACUUCUUUCCUUUUCUUCUGUUUUUUAGAUACUCAUCAAUUUAUUUUACGGUCAAGGAAGUUGUGCACAAGAUCAACUUAUGGACAGAGAUGCCGUGAACUUGGAGAAUAUGUACUCGGGUCUUCAACAUAUGUAAUUUCAUGUGAUUCUCCACAAAGUUCUGGGAAAAUUCACAAACUGGAGGGUGAUUUGUGUAGGCUGAACUAUCAUGGUGGCGAUUGUGACCAUUCUGCUCUGCAUAAUGCCAAACCUGAAGACCUUCACCAAAAGAUGUUUGUUGUUCUCAUUUAUUGAACACAAGAGCAAUAUUCAGAGGAGCGAUGAAAGGGAAGCUGAUUGUAUUAUACUAUCAUGUUCCCUUCCUCCCAAGAGGAUACCAAGGUUUCAGUUGCUGUACAAAGAUGUGUAACACUCUGAUGUCUAUGCUGCAAGAGAGAAGAACGACAUCUAUAUGCCUUGAGACAAAUACCUCCACGAGGAGGCUCAGAAGAAGGUUACCGGAUGCUUUUUGUACAUGGAGAUGUGAUUGUUUUCCUGAUGAUCUUUGUUCCAUGGGCGAGCUCCUUCCACAGCAAUGAUGCAGCCACUCUGUUCCGAGUCAAGACCCGGCAACUCGGCGACCCGAACGGCCAACUCAGCGACUGGGUCGAUUCCAUCAACGCGCCAUGUAACUGGACUGGCAUUACAUGUGAUCCUCUCUCUCACGCCGUCGUCUCCAUUGAUUUCCCCACUUUUGGGCUCUCCGGCGGAUUUCCGGCGGAACUUUGCCGGAUUCCCACCCUUCGAAGUCUCAAUCUCACCAACAACAACUUCGGCGAGGCUAUAUCUCCGGACGCCAUCUCUUUGUGCUCUCAUCUUGAGAAACUGGACCUCUCCCUCAAUUUAUUCGUCGGGGAGCUUCCGGAGCUUUUCGCCGGAUUCAACAGCCUCACCACUCUGGUUCUCGCUUCCAACAACUUCUCCGGCGAAAUUCCGGCGAGCUUCGGCCGCUUGCGGAAGCUUCAGAUUCUCGAUCUCGUCAAUAACCUCUUCAACGGUUCGCUCCCCGAGUUCAUCGCGAAUCUCACCGAGUUGACGUAUCUAGGAAUCGCCAUGAAUCCUUUCGGCUCCACCCCAUUGCUUCCCUCAAUCGGACGGCUGAAGAAGCUCCGGAACCUCUUCGCGCGCGGGGCGAAUCUCACCGGAACCAUCCCAAAUUCCAUCGGAAACCUAAUCUCUCUCCAGAACCUCGACCUCUCCGAAAACAGCCUCGCCGGGGAAAUUCCUGAUACGAUCGGAGAUCUGAAAAGCGUCGUACAGAUAGAGCUUUACGGCAACCAGCUCUCCGGCGAAUUGCCGGACACAUUCUGGAAUCUCAGCUCUCUACUUCGCAUUGAUCUUUCACUGAACAACCUGACUGGUAGAAUUCCCGAGAGUCUCGCAAGUUUACAUGUGGAGUCGCUGUAUCUCAGCGAAAAUAAUUUACAAGGACAAAUUCCUGGAAGCAUAUCUCUCAAUCCGAAUCUCCUCUAUUUGAGGCUUUUCAGGAACAGAAUCUCCGGUACUUUGCCGGCGAACUUAGGUCUAAACUCAGAGUUAAGGGAACUGGAUGUUUCUGGAAACAAUAUAGAAGGUCCAUUACCUCCAAAUCUUUGUUUUAAAAGGAAGCUUCAGGUUUUGAUUCUCUUCAAUAACAGAUUCUCCGGCGCCAUUCCAGGAUCUUAUACUAGUUGUAGCUCUCUGACGUACGUGCGCAUCAAAGACAACGGACUCUCAGGAACAGUACCUGCAGGUUUCUGGAACUUGCCUGGCUAUGAACUCAUUGAAUUCCAGAACAACAAGCUUGAAGGCCCCAUUCCUCCCUCAAUCUCCAGUGCUCGGAGCUUAACCAAAAUUCUGGUCUCGGGAAACAAGUUUUCCGGUGGGGUGCCGCCGGAAAUAUGCAAAUUGCAGAAGCUGGUUGUUCUGGAUUUGAGCAAGAAUCGGAUUUCCGGUUCCUUGCCUUCGUGUGUAAUGAAUCUGAAGAAUCUUCAGCAGCUUGAACUUCAAGAAAACUUGAUCGAAGGUGAAAUACCAAAGUCAGUGAGUUCGUGGAAUGAAAUGACCGACCUGAAUUUAUCUUUCAAUCGUUUAUCAGGCGAAAUUCCAAGUUCGUUAGGGACAUUACAUGCAUUAAACUAUUUAGACCUCGCCGGAAAUAUGCUCACCGGAGGAAUUCCGGCGUCGUUGACCAAUCUGAAACUCAACAAGUUCAAUUUAUCUUAUAACAGGCUUGAAGGGGAAGUGCCUGCCGGGUUCGGAAACAGCUUAUUCCAUUCAAGCAUAAUGGGUAACCCGGGCUUGUGCUCGUCCGAUCUUGAAGGCCUCCCUUCAUGCCAGAAACCCAAACCCAUAUCCGGUUACCAGUUGGGCAUUAUAGCAUCCUGCAUAUUUGUCCUAGUGCUAUUACUCCUCUGGAGUUUGAUGAGGACAAAAAAGUCCCUGGGGAGAAGUAAAAAGACCAUAUUUUCAUGGAGCAAUACCGCAUUCGCACAUGAUGGGUUUCAGGAAUCAGAAGUGUUGGCUUCUCUGACCAAUAAGAACAUCGUUGCAAUGGGUGGGUCGGGUCAGGUCUUCAAGGUCCAUCUGAAAACCGGGCAGAUUGUUGCAGUUAAGAAGCUCUGGGAGGCUAAAUGGGAGGGAGAAUCCAUAAGUGUGUUCAAAACAGAGGUGGAGAUUCUAGGGAGAGUCCGUCACAGGAAUAUAGUGAAGCUUCUGCACUGUAGCAUUGGUGAAGAUUACCAAAUAUUGAUGUAUGAAUACAUGGAGAAUGGGAGCUUAGGAGACGUAUUACACGGAGACCACGGCGGUUUACUGUUGGAUUGGCCAAGGAGGUUCGACAUCGCGGUGGGGGCUGCUAAGGGACUGGCCUACUUGCACCACGACUGCACCCCGGCUAUUAUACACCGCGACAUCAAAUCUAACAACAUUUUGUUGGACUCAGAGUUCAUGCCCAAGGUUGCAGAUUUUGGGUUGGCCAAGAUGCUCCGCCGAGAUAUCCCAACUGCUGAAGAACCCAUGUCCAAUGUCGUUGGCUCCUAUGGCUACAUUGCACCAGAAUAUGCCUACACGCUGAGGGUCACAGAGAAGAGCGAUGUUUACAGCUACGGCAUUGUAUUGUUGGAACUGUUAUGUGGUAAAAGGCCAAAUGACGACUCCUUUGGCGAGAAUAAGGACAUUGUACAGUGGGUUUCGGGCGUUGCGGCCUCGUCCGUGCAACAAUUGGGCGAUCUGAAUCAGAUUAUAGACCCGAGGAUGAAUCAAUCUGCGGGUGAUCACUAUGAAGAGAUGAACAGGGUUUUAUAUGUGGGGCUUCUUUGUACAUCAGCCUUGCCCGUAAACAGGCCCUCCAUGAGAAGGGUCGUCGAGUUGCUCCAAGAUAUUUGAUACUAUCAGAUAGGCUGUCGUUAAGGGCAAUUUGUUUUGUUACCUUGCUGGAAAUAUUCUUUCAGGAUUCUUGGCGUAGGGUACAUAUGUACCAAAUGUGUGUAAACAUAAUUGGGAUUGUUUACAAAUGGUCGUUUUUUUGGCUUCUUGUUGGGAGUUUGUUCAAAUUUUAAGGGCUCCGCGUCCUAUCAGAGGAGAGCAAUGCUACGUUCACAAAUAGAAUGAUCACAAAUUCCAUAAACUUACUAUUUAUGG